AUGGCUGAUGUUGUUCUAUACUACGUUAAUGGGAGGGGAAGAAUGGAGUCAAUCUGCUGGCUUCUGGCAGUUGCAGAGGUUGAUUUCGAUGAGGUUUUCCUGGAGAAUAAUGAACAAUAUCAAAAACUCAUAAAUGAUGGAGGUCUCAUGUUUCAGCAACUUCCCUUGGUGAAGAUAGAUGGCAUGAAUCUUGUUCAAACAAAGGCCAUCCUGAAUUAUAUCGCAGAGAAGUACAAUCUACAUGGAAAUGACCCGAAAGAGCGUGUCAUGAUCAACAUGUACUCAGAGGGAGUGAUGGAUCUGAUGGAAAAGAUCAUGAUGCUGCCCUUCACUGGAGAGUCUCCAGAGAAACUGGAGGCAAUUAAAGCAGGAGCAAAAGGACGCUACCUCCCUGUGUAUGAGAAGGCGUUGGAUAAAUCGGGUUACCUGGUGGGAGAUAAACUGAGCAGGGCAGAUGUGCUUCUGCUUGAAUGCUCACUGAUGCUGGAGGAGAAAUUUCCUGAGAUCCUCUGUGAUUUUCCCAACAUCAAGUCUUUCCAGGGGAGGAUGUGCAAUAUUCCUUGCAUCCAAAAGUUUCUGCAACCAGGCAGCAAGAGGAAGCUGCCACCAGAUGAAGCCUACAUGAAAAUGGUCAGGAAGGUGUUCAAUUUCUAAGCUGUGUUCACACUCCAGGCCAAGAUGAUCUGAUUCUGAUUCUUUUGCUUCUAUAAGACUCAUACUUUGUUUAGACUUUGCAUCAACACAGAUUUUUAUCCGUUUUGGCCAUUUAGAUACAGAGUAGUAAUCCUCAACAGAAGGUGUGAAUGCACCUCAAUGGCUCCUGAAGACAAUUUGAUAUCAAAUAAUUCAGACUGCAUACAAAAGGGGUCUGAGAGGCUCUCAUUAAGACUGGAUCAGUGGUGUAAGUGCUAGGCAAACCAGCAGGCCUCAAAGACUGCCAAGUCAACUGAUAGAAUCUGUGAUUUUAGCAGCUGACAGGAUUGAAGCGCUUAAUAUUCUUUCAAAAAGCCCCAAACUUUGGGUAAAUUUAAAUCUCUGUGCCAUUUAUAGUCUGCCUUCCCCUGGCUGAACUCCAGCAAAUCAAUGGAAAUUUGAUAAAUGAUUGAUAAAUUAUGCUGAAUUAUGAUGUUUUUAGCUGGAACUAUCAUUCUAAUGCAGAUGAUGUGCAGAUUUUGGGAGAUUUUAAGUCCAUAUGUGUAUUUUAAUGACUUAAAAUAGUGCUUUAUGCUGAUCUAUGAUAACAUUUACAAGAGAAUAUUACCUCAGUAACCUGGUACGCCAGACAGAUGUUUUCACAUAUCCAUGGCAACAAACAGGUUAGCAAAAGGUUAUGCCCCUGGACCAACCUGAAUUUGGGUGCAACAGGUUUUAGAGAUCCAGAUCAUCAUCAGUUCAACUCUGACUUUUUUAAACUGUCUCUCAGACUGGUGCCAGCCCUCACUGUUCAUGUAAAAGAGCUGUCUCUGUAAACCAGUUUGUCUGCAAAUGUCAAACCACAGCAGCUGGUAAUUGGUCAUCUUGAAUUGAGCUGUCAUUUCAGCCUUACCAGUACAUUACUUUGCUGAAUAGGUCAUUACUGGUUCCUUUGAAAUCACGUCUAUAACAACAAUAGAGGGACAAAGCAGUUAAAAAGGCACAGCUAGCCUGGUAGUCACUGAUGUAUUGUUAACUCUUAGUGUGGACACCUGCAGUCAUAAUGGCAUCUAGAUGCCAAAAACGGACGUUUGAUGCAAGUAUAAAUGACCCCUCAGCUCAAGUCACACUGGCUCUCAGAUUUGGGCCACUUUCCUUUAUGGAUCAAUGAUGUUUGACGCAGCAGUCUGACUGAGUGAUGUAAAGUGACCAAUAAAAAAAGAAUUGAUCAGCCAACGCUUUAUUAUUUUGAACUCUGUCAAAGAUGUGGUUCAUUCCUCUCUGUACUCUGUCGAUGGAUUGGUGAAAACCGAUGCUUUCACCAUUUGAAUGUUUUUCUUUCUUUGUGUUUUUGGGAAAAUCCCAUUUAUUUACCUGAUCAACGUCCCCCAUCUUCCAUCAUAAUGUGAAUGCAUUCUGAAACUUGGUGGAUUAUCUGUGCACUAGAUUAAUGUGUUUAUUCUAGGGUUGUUAACAUUAACGCGCUAACUUUUGUGACUAAUCUCGAAAGCUCAGCGCUUCACAAAUAAUAAUAGCGCAGUUUAAUCAUGACUAACUUUGACCACAACUUGCUCCUGUAGUCCUCCAGCACAGAUGUUUACGUGCCUGGGGGUGAAGAGGUGAGAGGGUCAGACACAGCCAGCAGUGAUGAGCGAGGAGACAGACCCAGGUCAGCUUAAUGGCAAUUCUCUUUUUAAAAAGCUGGUGAAUGUUAGUGAAGAUCAAAACAAAAUUGUGGGUACAUGCUGCAGUGAUGAUCUGUCUUUGCACCGAGGCACAACAAGUCUUAAGUUCCACCUUUGGGCAAAGCAUAUUUUUGCUAAUGUUAACAAAGAUGCUAACAACAACACGGGAUCAAGCCACGGUCACACCACUCUGUUCAGCUGCUUUGGGACAGUUUUCUUCUUCAGUUGCACAGAUAAAUGCUGAAAAUUGCUCCAAAACUUUGAGCAAGUCCUGUUUGUUAACAAUAUUAAUCCAGUGUAGAAAUCCGCCAUGGAAUUGGCAAAAUUUAAGUUAGUUAGCGAACUUUAUGAGCUGAAGAAGGAAAAUAUGAUGCGUUCAGGUAAUCUCAGGAAAUUAGACUGUAUUCUCUGUUAUGUGUUCAAAUG